AUUCCAGACAGCUGACAACUGAUGGUUAUGUUUUGAUAUCUUUGUUUUAACUAUUUAGAAACAACGUUUAUGCCAGCUAUUCAUUCGGAAAUGCUCUCUGUAAUACUUCUUACUCUGAUCUGGAACACCCCAUAACAUUCGUAUUACUACCAGCACAAAGAGCAUCGUGUGAGUUAUCACCAUUGAUCACCUUAUGACCCCCACGUCUUCCGUACAACUUUGGCCUAUUCCAACUCCCAUUCUGCAAGCGUAAAGUGUUAUUCAGCUUUCCAGAUGAGUCGUUUCUUUGCUCUGGUGGCACUGUUCGUGGUCGCCAGCAAUGCUGCCACUAUACCACACCAGCCCUCACGCCCGGAAGCACUGGCGCCUGAGCAACGUGCAACGCUUGACGAGGCGCUGGCUCAGCUGCUCGAGAAUAUCCGUGAGCUUUUGCGCACGGGUGACCCGGAACGUGGCAUUCCCGUGAUGGCUCCACUGGAGACUGAUCGGCUUGAUGUGGACUUAAGUUUGGGAGGAUUGCUAGACUUUACAGCCAUUUUGCGCAAUCUGUUUGUCGAUGGAUUGGAUCGGUUCCAGGGCACACUGACACUGAACGUGAUGCAGAUGGAGUUCCGGUACGAUUUCCUGUUCCCGGACGUGGUCGCCCGCGGACACUACGAUGCAAAUGGUCGUCUCUUCGGUUUGAUUCCGGUGUUCGGGUUGGGCAACUUCCAUGUCGCUCCGCGCGAUCUACGCAUCCAGGGAACGGCUCUACUGCGUCAGCUGCCCUCCGGUUACCUGCACAUGCCCGAACUGAAAGCCAACGUGCGGCUUGGUUCGCUGCAGAAUAACAUCGAGGGAAUGCUGCUCGGAGGAGAACUAUCCGAUCUGCUCAACGUAGUCAUUGAGGAUCUGAUUCCUUCGGUGCUUAUCAACUUUGCUCCGGAAGUGACGGAUAUUAUUUCACGCGUAGGCAUACCUAUCGCUGAUUCCGUUCUUAACACUAUGACGCUGGAAGACUUGUUCGCGCUGAUCCCUAUGCAACAAUAGAUCAGGAUCGUGCAUAGAAGCAUUGAAGAGAUAAAUACUAGUUGAAACUUUAUGUAAAACCGGAGCAAUAACUACUACUGCAACUCAACGGUGGAUGGGAUUAGAUACAUCAUUUAUAAAUAAAUUGAUUUUACGCAAA